UCAAGUCAGCCCGGCACUCGGUCCGGCCUCACCUCCUCUCGUGGACAGCUGCCUCCCGCUCGUCCGGCCAUGCGGUGGCUGUGGCCGCUGGUCGUCUCUCUCGCCGUGGCGUCAGCUGUGGGGCCCCGCAGAAUCCCUGGGGGCGCCACCCUGCAGCGGGGCCGGUCUGUGCGAGGCACCGAGGAGGAGGAGGAGGAGGCCAAGGGGGUGCAGCAGUAUGUGCCCGAGGAGUGGCCUGAGUACCCCCGGCCCAUCCACCCUGCCGGCCCCCAGGCCACUGAGCCCGGGGUGGCCACCAGCCCCCACCCGGACGGGGCUGGGCGCGCUGGGGGCAAUGCGACAGGGACGCCGGGCCGGCCGCUGCAGAUGCAGAACCCCCUAUACCCAGUGACCGAGAGCUCGUAUGGGGCCUACGCCGUGCUGCUCCUGGCCUUGGUGCUGUUCGCCGUGGGCAUCGUGGGGAACCUGUCGGUCAUGUGCAUUGUAUGGCACAGCUACCACCUGAAGAGCGCCUGGAACUCCAUCCUCGCCAGCCUGGCCCUCUGGGACUUCCUGGUCCUCUUCUUCUGCCUCCCUGUCGUCGUCUUCCACGAGAUCACCAAGCAGAGGCUGCUGGGCGAUGCUUCUUGCCGGGCGGUGCCCUUCGUGGAGGUCUCCUCUUUGGGCGUCACCACCUUCAGUCUCUGCGCCCUGGGCAUCGACCGCUUCCACGUGGCCACCAGCACCCUGCCCAAGGCGAGGCCCAUCGAGCCGUGCCCAUCCAUCCUGGCCAAGCUGGCGGUCAUCUGGGUGGGCUCCAUGACGCUGGCCGUGCCCGAGCUCCUGCUGUGGCAGCUGGUGCAGGAGCCCAGCCCCACCGCGGGCAUGGUGGACACAUGUGCCAUGAAGCCCUCGGCCCGCCUGCCCGAGUCCCUCUACUCGCUGGUCAUGACCUACCAGAACGCACGCAUGUGGUGGUCCUUCGGCUGCUAUUUCUGCCUGCCCAUCCUCUUCACGGUCACCUGCCAGCUGGUGACGUGGCGGGUGCGGGGCCCACCGGGCAGGAAGCCGGAGUGCCGGCCGGGCAAGCAUGAGCAGUGCGAGGGCCAGCUCAGCAGCACCGUGGUGGGCCUGACUGCCGUCUACGCGCUCUGCACCCUCCCCGAGAAUGUGUGCAACGUGGUGGCUGCCUACCUCUCAGCCACGCUGGCCCGCCAGACCCUGGACCUCCUGGGCCUGGUCACCCAGUUCUCCACCUUCCUCAAGGCAGCCGUCACACCCGUGCUCCUCUUGUGCGUGUGCCGGCCGCUGGGCCGCGCCUUCCUGGACUGCUGCUGCUGCUGCUGCGAGGGCUGCGGUGGGGCUGCAGCAGGCGGUGUGGACGGCAAGCUCAAGACGGAGAUGGCCGCCUCCGCCUACUUCCACAAGCCCAGGGAGGCGCCCCUCCUGGCCCUGGGCACGCCCUGCUGAGGCCCGGCUGGGCAGGACGAUGCCUGGUCCCCACAGGCCCUGCUCUCCAGAGAUGGACUUGGCUCCCCUUGCUGGAGUCCAGGCGUGUUGGGACCCCCUCCCUGAGCCCCUUCCCUGUCCCUCUGGGGCCGCCUGUCCCCUUGCUGGUGGGCGGUGGUCCUCCAGGUCCUUAGAGCUGCUGGGAGCCAGACCCUCACCUGGACCCAGCUCUGCCACCUGUCCCCGUCUGGAGCCCGAGUAUACCUUCCUUGUGUCCCUCUUGGCACCGUGCGUCCUGGACGGCGGCUUUGGGGGCUCGCGGCUGGGCUCUUCCCUGGUGGGAUCGUCCCAGCCCUGGACGCCUCCUUCAGGCGCUGUCUCUUUUCCAGGAGGAUUUCUCUCUCCAUUCCCCUCUCCUUCUCCGAUGUACCUUGGUCAUCCUAUCCCCACAUCCUUGUCAGCACCCCCAUGCCCCCCCCGCCCCGGUAGAAGGCCCUUCUUGGAAACAAUAAACUAGAUAGAACUAGC